GUCCGCCUUUAGGCCUGAAGUGGCUUGUAUGUGUAUCUUCGGUUCCAUGAUUCGCGUCAGUUUCGGGCAGUUAUUACGGUAUGGCUGAUGUUGGCCUAAGUUUAGAUGACAUAAUUAAAAGAUCGAAAUCCUCAGGAAUGAGAAGCAGAAGCAGAGGUGUUCGAAGAGGUAUUAACAGGGGUGCACGUGCUAAUGGUUCGUUGAGAGGGCGAGGUUCACAAGUUAUUACUGAUGCAAGAUUUAAAAUCAUACAAAAAAAUCGAGAGAAGCUUACAGAUGCGAGAGAUAAGCUUGCUGAAAUUGCCAAACAGAGCGAUGCCAGAUUAAAGUUGGAUAAGAUUCGUGCAUCGCAGUUUAAAAAGAUAGAAGCUCAGAUACCUGGAAUAUCUCAAAAAACAGGUCGCAAUGGAAGACUGUCUUUAUCAACCAAUAGAAUGCCCCCAAUUAUGUCACAUAAUGUGCCACCAAAUAUUCCAAAUAAUUACAUGCCACCUCCUACUAGAGCAGUGGGUUAUAGGCCACCACCACUUGCAGAAUCUCAUUACAUGGGAGAUAUGAACAUGGAUUUUAUUGACGAUUAUAUGAUGGAUUCAGCACCUUUAAGAAGGACUGUAAGCAAUGAGUAUGCUCCUACACCACCACCACCACCUCCAGCAUUCAGUAUUAAGCCAGCAACUUCAUACACAUGGGUAAAACCAACAAGCAGUAAUGUAAUAAGAAUUGUACCUCCGCGUAAAUCCAAUGAAGAUCGAGAGCGCGAAAGAGCAAGAGAUUAUAAAGUAGUAACACGUUUUCCUAUGACAAAAUCUGCUUCUCCCUCCUACAAAGAAGAUUGGAGUUUUGGCACAAAAUCACGGACUAUAUUAGCUGAGGAUACACCAGAUUCAAAGUAUUACGAUUCAAGAAGUCAUAGAGACAUCGGAGUGAAAUCAAGAUUAGACUCGGUUCCAAGUAAAUCGCGAAAUAUGGGAGUUGUCCCUCGAACUAAGACAAGUUCGUCAUCGCAGUCAACUGGUUUUCGAAUUGUAGUAUCGAAUUUGCAAGCGAAUGUCACUCAAGAAGAUAUCAAGGAAUUAUUUGAAGAUGUAGGAGAAUUGUUAGUGUCCCGAUUAGUACGGCCAGGUACGGCGGAAGUAAUUUAUAAAACAUUAAAGGACGCUACUAAAGCUGUUGAAACUUAUCACAAUAGACAAUUAGAUGGACAUCCUAUGAAGUGUCUCCUUGUAAAUCCACGACCAAAAAAUAAUCCAACCGGACCAGCUGUUAGGUCUUUUACAGAAUCCAGAAGAAGCGUUAGUUCAAGUUACGUACAACCAAGUUUAGGUGCAGUACAUCGUGCACUGUUCGAUGAUUCUUAAUCAAAUGUAUCAAUUUUAAUCAAUUUUAAUAUCAAUUAAAUGCCAUAUAUAGUGGCAAAAGUUUUUAUUCUAAAUAUUUCUAAACGAGGGGGAUAAAUAAGAAAGAAAACAAGAGAUUAAAAAGACGUAUAAUGCAUGAAAAAGGGAGUUCCGAGUAAAAUUUGUAUUUAUAAAGUAUCACGUAUUUUAUUUUUAAUUUGUAUAUUGCAAUUGAAUGAAAUCAGUGUAAUAGUAAAUGAAUUGAAUGUUACUGUAAACGACAAAUCCAAGAAUGCUUAUUGUAUAAUUAAUAUAGUCGAAUAAAAUAACGAGUACUUAGGAAUUUUUAAUACUUCGUUGUCAAUGAAGUUUCAAAAACUGAA